CCCCUAAAAGAGCCCACAACAACUCAGAAACGGCAUAUUGACUGAAGCCACACUUUCUGACCAAUGGCAAUGUGGGCUUCUCCAUCUUCUCGACUUCUCCUUCCUCAAAUGUUUUCCAUUUUCACCAGUUAGUCUCUACUGCUCUCAGGAAUUACCCUCUCUCUCUCUCUCUCUCUCUCUCUCACACACACACACACACACACACACACACACACACAGGCACGCACACACACACACACAUUAAUUAAUACAAUGUCGGUCAACAGAACAAUCGCUAAAUAUGGGAUGCUAGUCUGUUGAAGGGUCACCGUCCUUACCAAUGACUCUCACAAGACCCUUGGAGGGUCACAAUCCUUUCCAGUGGACUCUCACUAGACCCUUUUCUGUUUGCUUACUCAAUAAUCCUGCUGACAAAUUCUGCAGCUGCCUCAUCACAACCUUCUCACCAAACUUCAAUUCACCUUUUUGUUUUUUUUUUUGAAAAUUUUCCUUUUCUCUGCUUCUAUUUUAAGAAUUUUCUGCCCAUUGGGUGGAGAAUGAAAAGAUCAAGUUCUGCUAAGAGUGUGAUAGAGAGAGUGCACAAUCAGGAGAUAGAGUGGGAGCUCAGGCCUGGAGGUAUGCUUGUUCAGAAGAGAAAUGACAUUGGAGCAGUUUCUUCUUCUUCUUCUGGUCCUAUGAUCAAGGUCAAGGUCUCUCAUGGUUCCUAUCAUCAUGAUGUUACUGUCCCUGCUCAAGCCAGUUUUGGGGAUCUAAAAAUGAUUCUUGCUCAUGAGACUGGUCUAGAGCCCAAGGAGCAGAGAUUGCUAUUUAGAGGAAAAGAAAAGGAGGACGAGGAAUCGCUGUACAUGGCGGGUGUAAAGGACAUGUCAAAGGUGAUACUGCUAGAGGAUCCAGCCAGCAAAGAGAGGAAGCUCGAGGAGAUGAAGAGAGACCAAUAUUUGUUGAAAGCACGUGUGGCUGUCACCAAAGUUACAGAAGAGGUUGAUAAGAUCUCAGAAAAGGUUUUUGCCUUGGAAAGAGCAGUUUGUAGUGGCACAAAGGUUGUUGACAAGGAAUUUGUAGUCUUGACAGAGUUGCUUAUGGUUCAGUUGCUUCAAUUGGAUGCCAUUGAGGCUGAUGGAGAUGCAAAAGUGCAGAGACGGAUUGAGGUUCGUCGCAUCCAGAGCUUUGUUGAGAAACUUGAUAAUCUAAAAGCAAGAAACUCCAAUCCCUUUAGCAGUAGUGGCAAUAAAAAUGCAGCGUCAGCAGCCACCAAAUGGGAGGCGUUCGGGUCCGGAGUUGGAAGCUUGAGCGAUCCAUCGGUACCCCUACAGUCUUCAACAAAGAUAACUCAAGAUUGGGAGCUGUUUGACUGACCAGAAGCUAAUCAAAAUCCUCCUCUUUCCUUAUUCUUGGGCUACACAUGAGUUCAUUUGUUACUGCUGCUUUAGCCUUUAAGUUUGGAAUGGAUGCUGCUUAAGUACAAAGAGGGUUAGGCCUCUCUCUCAAUGGUAUAGAGGCAUAUAACAGUUAUGUUUGGACAUAAACUCUGAAUUCUGAAAUGUAGUGCACAUACAGUCCUUUUAGAAGUGGAUGAUGCUGCUUCUCCCUCCUUAACUGGGUAGUGGCCUAGUGGGUGCCUUCUGCUUAGAUUGGGUUGUUGAAAGGAAAUUGAACUUGUAGAUUUGGUUUUUCCUGAAAAAUAAAUGAAAGGAACUUUAAGACCAA